AUGAAUAUCAAUGAGCCUCGAGAUGGCGGUGGUUUCGUACUACCAUUUUUCAACGACAGCAAAAGGUCGCGAAAGCCUCAUGCCGGCAGAGAUUCAUUGAAGUCAAAUCGAAUUCCUCUCGUUAAUUGGAUACCAGAUACAGUCAGUUACACAACAAAACCGCUCAAAAACGCUCAUAAAUGGCUUCACUUACACAAUAAGACCCGAAAUCAUUUCGUGGCAACAAUGGCAGAGUUCGCGGGAACGACCCUCUUUCUCUUAUUUGCUUUCUCAGGCACCCAAGUAGCUCUGUUAGCAUCGCCGGCCAAUAGCUCGAACGUCGUCGGAACACCAAGCAAUCCAGCUCAACUUCUUUAUAUAUCUUUAUGUUUUGGUUUCUCUCUAGCAGUUAAUGCAUGGGUUUUCUUCCGUCACAAUGGCAUGUGUCUUGUCGGAGCUCUCCCAUAUUUGCGGGGUCUUCUUUUAAUCUUUGCUCAAAUACUCGGUGGCAUAGCAGCAGCUGCUAUUGUUUCUGCUCUUUUUCCUGGUCCCAUAACCUUCACCACUAGUUUAGGAGGCGGCACAUCGAUUGUUCGAGGUCUCUUUAUCGAGAUGUUCCUUACUGCUGAAUUAGUUUUUACGAUCUUUAUGCUUGCAGCUGAGAAACAUAAAGGGACCUUUAUUGCACCGAUUGGUAUAGGUCUUGCUCUAUUCAUUGCUGAACUUACCGGCGUCUACUUCACUGGCGGAUCCGUCAAUCCUGCCCGUUCCUUCGGCCCUUCAGUCGUCAGCGGUCAAUUCAGCGGUUACCAUUGGAUCUACUGGGUCGGACCUAUUCUCGGCGCCAUCCUCGCAUCUGGCUUCUACAAAUUCAUCAAGAUGCUCGAAUACGAAACUGCAAACCCAGGUCAAGACGCAGGACGCGUUGGCGAAGUGUUUGACCCAGAAGCUCAAGCUAUCAAAAAUCGAGUCAGUUUCGCGAGUGAGGGGAUGGUGGGUAGAGAACUUGAUGAAAGUGGUGCAUUUCAGGUUCAUGGAAACGGAAAUCAUUUCAAGGCGCCACAAGAAUAUGGGACUAAGAGAAGACCGUUUAGUGAUAGUCCUGCCCCACCUAAUCCGAAUGAUCAAUUUGCGGGGUUGAGUGAAGGGGGGAUGCAUGCGGAUGAAUUUGCUAAUGGGAAUGGUGUUGGUAUUCAUGGUGGGGAGGGAUCAGUGCAUAGGAAUAAGAGAGAUAGUGAAGGAACCCUUGUGGAAAAUGGAAAGAAAGGCGUUUUGAAGGCUGGUACGGGUGCUGCGUCUGUGGGAGGUACGAAUGGUAAUUUGAGAGAUAAUACGCAGAAUAAUCAGAGGAUUGGUCAGGAGACGGGAGCGCACGGUGAGGAGUUUUAUGAUAAAUGA